AUGACACAACCGCAACCAAAAGUUUUUAUACUAGGGUUUGGAUCUAUUGGAGUGCUCUUGGCUUCUCACUUACAGCGCAAUACUCAAAUUUCUAUCGUGCCGUUACUGAGAUCUGAAAAACGAUUACAGGAUUUCGAGGAGCUACAAAGAAAAGCGAGCAUCAAGUCUCUAUUCAAAGAAGGCCAGCCGUCUUAUGAAAGUGUGUUCUCUGAUGCUACAUGUCCAGAAUUGUUUCCACGGGAUUGGAAAAUCGAUAAUUUGAUCAUAACGACCAAGACUUACCAAACUAAAGACGCGUUGGCACCUUUUAUGAAGUUUCUUCAUCCUCAAACCAAUGUCAUGCUUGUACAAAAUGGCUUGGGGGUAUUUGAGGUUUUGAAUGAUGAAAUCUUCUUGGACUACAAACCCAAUUUGUUUCAAGGUGUUAUAUCGCAUGGGAUAUUCCAUGAAUCGGGUUUCUCAUUCAACCACGCUGGCUUUGGGGAUCUUAAAGUCUCUCGGUUACCGAGCAAAGAUCCACAAAGCAUUGUUCAGACUAAGGAGCUUGUCGAAACAGAUCAGAAAAACAACGAACUUGUCAAAGUCUUAAGUCAGCCAGAUUUCAUUCAAGGUUUGAACGUUAAACAUUUGACAUAUCAAGAAAUGCUUCUAGGCCAAUUGGAGAAAUUUUUGGUCAACGCAUGUAUUAAUCCGAUUACGUCGAUCGUGGAUUGUAUAAAUGGGGAGCUUAGGGAUGUAGCUGGUCCGAUCUUCAGUUCCAUCAUUUCCGAGGCUCUUGAUGUCUUGAAAAUCGCGUAUAAGCCAUUGUUUGACUAUAAGCCUGAAAAUGAUAACUUUCCCAACUUGGAUGUUGCAGGAGUUUUAAACCGCGACAGGAUGUUGGACUUUGUUCUGAAAAUUGGGUGCAUUGUAAACGGAACCAACAGUUCCUCCAUGAGACAAGAUGUCGUAAACUUGAGAGAAACAGAAGUGGAUUACAUCAACGGAUAUAUCGUGAAGUUGUGUGGAAAGCUAGGAUUGGGUCCUGAUUAUUGCAAAACAAACCAAACAAUCGAAACUUUGGUAAAAUUAAGGCUUGGCCUCAAUAGAGGCCGUGCGAAGUAUGGAGACCAAAGAAAGAAGGAGUAA